AUGCCACUGGAAGUACUGUCGCCUGAUUACGGCAAGAGAUCAAGCUCGGGCUCUGUUGAAGGCCAUUGGGACGAUGUCAAGCUUCGAUAUAACCAAUGCGAGCGUGGGGAGCCUGCCGCAGUGCCUAUCAGCAGGAGGAAGCAGCAAAGAGAAGAUGGCCUACGUGAAAUCCGAGAAGGGGGCGAUAUCGACGAUAUCAGCGAGAAGAACGGUGGUCCUGCCCACAACUUGUUCCGAUGGUCGGUGUCGAAGGUGCGCAAUUACGUGACGAAAAUGGAAGUGGCUACCUUUUUGGGGUCUUUGACUAAGGUUAUCGUGGAAGAGAACAUGGAUGCUGUCUAUCCCACUUUGCCGAAGGGAUCGUCGAGACCGCCGACCGGAUGCUUGUCAAACUGGUUUACCUCCCCGCAAACGGCACACACUUACUACAACUAUUGGACGUUGCGGCGUUCUCUUCAUUUAAUAGCACACUCCACGAUCUCAUCGGCGCUGUCAUUCGUCCGUAAAGAAGGCCACGUGGUUGCACUAUAA